GACGUGGGGGUCUUAGCCUUGAGUGGAGUAAACGUAGGUGUUUGUUCAAACUGUUCUAUUUAAUUGUAUUAUCACAAUAAAAGGAAUGACAUGUCGCACCAGACUGGAAUUCAUUCGAGUGAUGAGCUGAGAACAUUUUUUGGGAAGUGUAAAGAUGGACAAAUAAGAGUGUUCAAGGUUGGAAUUCAGAAUGAACAAAUGACUCUGCAGGAUUUUAAAGAACCUAGGGGAUCAUGGGAAGAAGAUUACGAUUAUUUUGUACGGAAGCUUAUUGAGGACAGGCAGCCAUGUUAUUUAUUCUACAGACUAGAUAGCCAGACAGAUACUGGAUAUGAUUGGGUGUUUAUUAGCUGGUCCCCAGAUGAUUCUCCAGUGCGAGAAAAGAUGUUGUACGCAUCAACUAAAGCAACUUUAAAAAAAGAGUUUGGUGGAUCUUACAUUAAAUAUGAACUUUUUGCUGCUACCAAGGAGGAUGCAAGUCUUCAAGGUUAUCAUAAAUAUUUAAGAGCAGAAAAAGGCCCGGCUCCAUUAACGUCUGCAGAAGAAGAACUUCAGACAAUAAAACGAAUUGAGUCUGGAACUGACUUUGGAAUCGACACCAAACAUCAAACAUUACAAGGAGUUGCUUUCCCCAUUUCAGAUGAUGCAGUUAGUGCAUUGUUCGAUUUGAAGGAAGGACUAGUUAAUUAUGUACAGUUGAGUAUAGACCUAGACAAAGAGGAAAUCAACCUUGAAAUCAGAGAUCAGACAACCUUGCAACACCUGCCUAAAAAAGUACCUGUUAAUCAUGCACGUUACCAUCUCUUUGUAUUUCCUCAUUCACAUGAAGGAGAAUUUCUUCAAAGUAUAGUUUUCAUCUACUCGAUGCAGCUAUAA